GGCAACGCCCUUUCAACCUCAACGCUUCUGUGGACAGUCACUCAACUCCCUUGCCACUCUUAAAAUUCACAGCCAGAUUCGUGUUAACCCAGGAGCCCGGAGACCUAUUUUGAUUUUGCAAUUUGAAACUCCAGGAGAAACCUGAUAUCUGUGAUUUAUGGACAAGAAUUGAUCCACAGAAGGGCAGAGUGAGGAAAAGACCCUGCACAUCCUUUCCUUCCCAUUAUGGACUGACGAACAUGGAACAUGGUCAGAAAUAUGAAGUAACAUUGGCAAAAUAAUAGAUUUUGCACAUAGCCGCAGUAAGGUGACGGAAUUUGAUGACAAUCUGAAGUUGACUCUAGCAUUUGAGCUGUGGGGAAAAGAUGAAAAUGCACUUUCUGGCCUUACUAAUACUUAUUUGCUCUUUCUCCACUGCAGAUGCCUCAGGAUAUUUGAAAUUUGCUUGGAUCGGUUUCGGAGCAGCUUCUGCUAUUUCUGCUGCUCAAGGUUUUAUUGCUGCACUUGGGUUCACAGCUACUGGAAUAACAGCAGAUUCUUGGGCAGCAAACUUGAUGUCAAUUGUCUCAAGUCUCAAUGGAGGAACAGUACCAUCUGGAAGUUUUGUAACCACACUUCAGUCCAUUGGUACUGCAGGAUUUGCUUUAUCUACCAUGGUCUUGUUGGGAGCUGUGGGUGCCCUCAUUUCUAUCAUCAUCGGUAUUAAACUGAAUAUUUUCUGAAACACUGUCUGCAGAAAUAAAUUGUUAUGUUUUAUCGAC